GUCUUUGUUAUGUCUAGCUCGUCUGCUGCUGACCCAACAUUGAAACUUAGUAGGCUUAGCUGGACUUAUUUUCAUAUAGAAUCUAUAUAGUCUAAUGCCUGGUGUACCUGCUGCCUUUGCAUUGCAGACAUACACUGGACUCAUGAAGUGGACUUAAAGUACCUUGAUACCCUUCUGGUGAUGCAAGUAUACUAGACCAGACUUUGCAGGAAGAAAUUUUCGAAAGGUUUUUAUUCAAGAAGAAGAAGAAAAAUGGAAGGAUCGUCUGAAGUGCUAGUAACCAUUCGUCUGAUCCGUUCCUUUCUACAUCGGAACAUCAAACACAUCGUCUUGCACAAUGUCAACUUGGAUGACACUGUGGAGGAGUUGAUGAACAAAAUAAAAGAAGAUAUCAAGACGAGAAGUGGGCUGCCUCCCCCAUUUAGGAAACACGGGUAUGAUACACUCAAGGUAGAAUACAAGAAACAUGGAUCAAAGACAAGUGAUCCUGUUAUAAAUAAAGAGGAUGAUGACAAACUCAUGCUGAAGCCAGAUCAAACCCUCAAGGCAUGUAACAUAGAGAACGAGACGGAAAUUUCUUUCUUCAAUAGAAAAGAGUAUGAGCAGUACAAAACUGACUCCACAGUGGUAUGGUGAAAAUGUAUUAAAGCUCCAUACAGAAAUAUCAGCUGGGAACAGAUUGAGCGCAUGUACAUGGCCGCAGCACUGGAUGGAUGGUUCCUGGCCUCAUGCCCAGAGGAUGUCCUUGAGAGAGAGAGAGAGCAAUAUUCUGACCAUGGCCAUCACCCCCCCCCCCCAACCCUCACAGCGCCCCGACCCUCACACUGCCCCAGCCCCAAAGCCACCCUCAUCCUUAACCCCCUUCUCCUUGCCCUCACCAUCAUCGCCUUCUUCCCCUCCUCCUACCACCCCCAUCCUCAUCCUAACCUCAUCUCCACCCUAACCACAUCUCCUAUUCCACCCUAACCACAUCCUCAAUCACCCCAAUCCUAACCCCACCCUCACCCCACCCUCACCCUCACCCCACCCUCACCCCACCCCACCCCCAAUCCCAUCCAUAUUCCAUCCCCAUCAUCCAUCACAUCCCAAGAAGCCAAACAUCCUCUCAAACUUUGUCUCUGUGCCAAGAUGGAAGAAGACCGCAAACAUCCAGCUGGGCAUUCCUUUCCGUUCACAAUAAUAAUCAAACAGUUGGUUACAAUUUAAAAUGAUAUAUCCUAUUUCUCAGAAAUAGGAUUUUUGAAAGAAGGCCAGGAAUGUUAUGCUUUCUAUUGAUACCAACUAACUCUCCCAUGUUUGGAGAAAUAUGUUUGGCAUAAAUGGAAAAUAUCCAUUCAGAACGUGAGAAUAUCAUGGGCAGAAAGUGAAAGUGUUUUUUUAGAUAUGUGUCUUCUCGAAGGUGAAUCCUAAGGUUUAUGCCAAACAUAAUCGUACAGGUGAUUCCGGUAUCAUAUGUCAAGUUUAUUUCCAACUGUUAAGGUCAAAUGUUUCGAUCAAGGUCAUAGACUUCAUGGAAAAAUAUGUUUUUGUUGCAGGCCCUUUUAAUGGUGUUUACAAACACAAAUCAUGUGUUCUAAAUACAAAAAUAUUAAACAACAAAUCAGAAGCCUUCAAACCCAUCUGUAUUUUUUUUUAGUACAAUAUUUUUCUGGAAAGUUCUUAUAAGGUCAUGGAAACAAGCAAUCUUAGGUUUCUUCAGGGUUGCAGUUGCAGUUUUUAGCAUUGGCAAACUGAAAUAAAGAGUAAAUGCCCAAAUUUUAGUUCUCAAAAAUAGUAAGAUAACACAUUUAUCCUCUAUAAAUUGAUGCAACAAGACAUUUUAUUGUUCACUGAGUGUGUAUACUGCAAUAUCUCGUUGUAGAAGUAAUAUUUGAAGCUUAUAUUUGGAAUAUAGGAUAGCAACAUGGAGCUCCUAACAUCAAGAGCAAAACAUAUUUUGGUGAUUGUUAUACUUUCCACCUUUUUUACCUUUUUUCAAUGUAUAGAAUUAGUUUGUAACACUAUAUCUGUACGUCACCAGAUAGUGUGCAAAACUUCCUUUCAUUCAUUUAUUUCAUCAUAGUUAGAAACAAAAGAAGAAUAGAAAUAUAGCGGACAGCUCUUCUACAGCUUGUCUGUGAGAACCAAACAUAUUCUUCAUGUAAAGAUAUGUUUUGAAACGACUUUCUGCUUAAUUCCUAGAUAAAAGGAUAUUAAAAGAAAACAAUCUCUUUUGAAGGUAUUGACUUUCAAGACACCCUUAUUUUGUAUUUAUUUUAAGGAGAAAUGGUUGUAAUUCAUGGAUUGUGUUUGACAGUUCAACAAAUAUGUAGCCUGUGUUUCAGUCAUAGCAUUUUGUAUAUUUUGAGCCAGAAGGGCAUUCAUUCCUUUCUCUUAAAGGUAAUACAAAGUUUUGGGAAAUUUUUUAA